AUGGGCUGCAAAUUAUUUAAACCUUCAAAAACCAAAAACUCUUCUAUCGACCCAUUCUACUACUUAGAUAGAAAAAGACAAAGACUCCUAUACAUCCACCAAGAUAAAAUAAUUGCUUCUCAAUUCCUUUCUUCUAUCAUAUUUCCUCCAGACUCUGCUGUCUGCUAUCUAAAUGAAUCAUGCAUUCUUGUUGCCGGAGGUACAGAUGGCAGCUCAUUUUCCACAAAUUUUAUAUUAAUCAAUGCUUUAAGGAUGAAAAUCAAAUUUUUAGCAUCCCUGCCAGUUGGAGUUAAAGAAGGGAGCUUAUAUAUUUAUGAAAAUUGGGUUUAUUAUGUAGGUGGGGUUUCUCAUGCUAUUCUUGACUCAAGAUCUGUUCAAGAAGAAGCUGCUCCUCUUAUGCGGUUUGAUUUAGAAAAAAAUCGCUGAGAAUAUUUUGUUGGGCCUGAUAUACAAGAGUUCAUGAAAAGAAAAAUGCAGAAUAUUGGGGAGAAUGAUGAAGAAUUUGAUCCAAGCGAAAAUAAUUUAUAUAAAUUCGAUUUGGACCAAUUUACGUUAAGAGAUUUAUUUUUACCUGGGACGUUUAUGAGUAACCAUAAGAUUUAUUUUAUUGGAGGAUAUAUUAUGGACAAUAUUGGAAAAUUAAUUCCAAAUAGCCAAAUUUUUUCAUUGAAUUUAAGAGGGGAUAAGCUAAGACUUGCAGUUGAGCCUUUCACAGCUCCAUUUAACGUAAUAAAACCUAUAUGCUCAUCAGGAAAUCAGCAUAUUAUUAUAACGGGAGGAUUUGAUCCAAAUACUGAGCAGCCAAGUCCUUUAAAUUUUACAUUAUCAUUAAACAAAUCCUAUAUAAAAUUUACCCCUUUAGACGUUCUACCUAUUAAUCUCCUAGAAUCAUGCUGCCCUAUAUACAAAAACGACACCAUUAUUUUCCCAAAUUUCCCGAUCGUUCCUAUAAGACGAAAAUUAAAAAAAAAUUGAGAAAUUUUUGACGCAGGAAAAAAUAAAAAACACAAUUUCAUGGUAACUGCGGAUUUGAUAAAAUGUGUGAACAAAAAAGGUGAAAACGAUAAUCCACCUAUUAGAAGGAUUAGAAGAAUGGCAAUUCCUAUAGGAGUUUUUAAAAGUAAAGAAGAAGGCUUUGAAUUUUUAAAAAAAAUGGACGAGAGUAAAUCAAUGAUUGCAGAUGACGAAAUUAAUAUUGAUAUUGAUGAAGUGGAAACCAAUUGCAGAGAAGAGUCAUCACCAACAAAUAACAGCAAGCAAGCUGAAAGCUUUUCUAUUUGCAAUAAAAGCACUCCCAUAAAUGAAAAAAAUCUACUUAUUACGAAUGUCGAAGGCCAGCCUAAAAAAAUAGUUAUAAAAUCCAAGGAAAAAGAGAAAUACCAUAGUGCUCAUAAAAAUUUUAUUAUUUAUGAAUAA